UUUCUCUGGUUGAGUGUGUGAGUGAGUGAUGUCUCCGCCAUUGAAAUUCAUUUUAGCCGAGUAUUGAAAUAGGUUGUACCUUUAAAUAAUCGGCAAAAAUCUUCAUCAUCUUUCUUCUUUUGCUUAUUCUAUUCAGUCAUAUUCCGUGCACAAACAUUAUAUCCGAUGGCAGACAGAGACACAGAUGAGUUAAACAUCGAUAACGUAAUAAAAAAAUUACUAAAAGUACGGGGCGAGAAGCCUGGUAUGAAUGUUCAGUUAACAGAAAUAGAGAUCAAAGGGCUAUGCUUAAAAUCGCGGGAAAUUUUCUUGUCACAACCAAUAUUACUUGAACUUGAAGCACCACUAAAAAUAUGUGGUGAUAUUCACGGACAGUACUAUGACUUGUUAAGGCUAUUUGAGUAUGGUGGUUUCCCUCCAGAGUCUAAUUACCUGUUUCUCGGAGACUAUGUAGACCGUGGCAAACAGUCAUUGGAAACGAUAUGCUUGCUGCUGGCAUACAAAAUAAAGUACCCAGAGAACUUCUUCCUUUUACGGGGCAACCAUGAGUGCGCUAGCAUAAAUAGGAUUUAUGGGUUUUACGAUGAGUGCAAACGGAGGUAUAACAUCAAGUUAUGGAAAACAUUCACAGACUGCUUCAAUUGCCUACCUGUAGCGGCGAUAGUGGAUGAAAAGAUCUUCUGCUGUCAUGGUGGUCUGUCACCGGACCUCCAAGCGAUGGAACAGAUCCGGCGGAUCAUGCGGCCCACAGACGUGCCCGACCAGGGGCUGCUGUGCGACCUGCUGUGGUCAGAUCCGGACAAAGACACCGCCGGUUGGGGCGAGAACGACCGCGGCGUCAGCUUCACCUUCGGCACUGAGGUGGUCGGCAAGUUCUUAUCGAAGCACGAGUUUGACCUGAUCUGCCGCGCACACCAGGUAGUGGAGGACGGUUACGAGUUCUUCGCCAAGCGGCAAUUGGUCACACUGUUUUCAGCGCCCAACUACUGCGGCGAAUUUGAUAACGCAGGUGCGCUGAUGUCGGUGGACGAGACGCUGAUGUGCUCGUUCCAGAUCCUGAAGCCGGCGGACAAGCGCAAGCUCUACUCGGGCCUGAACAUGGGCCGCCCCAACACGCCGCCGCGCGCGCAGCCCAAGAACAAGAAGAAAGACAUCUGAAGCAGUUGCUUUGAAAGUUAGUGGCUCCGUUCCGCUGCGUCGAGUUGAGAGACUUCAACGACUUGCAUGGAAACCCAUAACUAAGCACCACACAACCUACCAUACUUUUGUACCCAGCCGUACCCAGUUUGUACGCUAAAACAUACCAAAACUCCAUAAACCUUAUCCAUGAAUAUAUAAUGCUAUGUUUUAGCAUCUACGACUCUAUAACCAGCGAGGCUUAACAGUGAAUUUAUUUAAAAAAAAAGUCUUGACAGAUAAAGCUUUCCGCUUAAAUUAGUAGCUUUUUCUGACGUGUGGCAACACUGCAGCAUAGAAACGACGACGCCGCGACGUCCUUGAUUUUAUCGAUAUGUCGCUAGUGAUGUAACUUCGGCCGCGCUGCGUUAAAGGGUCGCUUCUGUAUUCAUUUUUAUUUUUAAAUGUAAACGGACGUGAUUUUUGUAUGAUUUUAUAAAUUAUGAUGAUGAAAUUUUUUUUCGCAAUCUAGUAUUAUUAUUCGAUGGCGAUUGCCGCUCUCUCUCACUCUCGUGGUUCGCGGCCGCCGCUCACUGUAACAAUUGCUGGACAAUUAUGUUCAGGUGCUAUUUAUACGGGCUAUACUUAAUUUCGACUUCGAGUACAAAUUAAGUCGCGUAAUUAUUAAUGUAAAAUUUCAUUAUUUCCUUGAUAAUUUUGCAACUGAACAUUUUAGAAUAAUUAUUAUUAAAUUAGAUCCGGAAUUUAUGAAUAGUGGGAACUCAAAUGCGACUUUGGAGUCUUUAAUAUUGGUUGCCCGUGUGAUUGCACCUUUACGACAAGAGUGCGCGGCGUUCACAUGCAAAUUUGAUCAUCUUUGUAAACAAAACACCGUGGUUUUUAGGCGACGUUCUAGUCGCAUAUGGGCUAAGAUUGGAUGUGACAGAGGUUUGUUGGAACAACUAUUCCUUGUGGCAGUUUCGAUAACAUAUAACGAUUGUAAAUUGGAUAUAUUGUGUCGAUAUUUUUUGAUGACACCUGCUCAAUAUGUGGCAGAAUAAAAAAUACUACAAAAUAGUUCGUUUAUGGGUACUGUGUAUUCUAUUCGUCUUUCUCGAUAACUUACACUCUGUAUAGAAUUUAUGUAUUGAUAACGUAACUUGCGAAGCUGUUUACUUUUCGUUUAAUUGAAUUUAAGAGACAGCUCAGUAUAACAUUAUUUGUUUAUAUAAAACAGUACUCUUAUUUAUAUAAGUCUCAAGUCUAUUUAAACACAACAUCUGUCACAUUCCCAACGUCGAUUUCAGCCAUUUUUAUUGUAAGUUUAAACUGCCAGUGUUGCAUGUAGUAAUUAUUAUAUUUUUUAUCUUAAAUUUUUUUUAAGUGACAGUUUCAGCUCCGGGGUACCCUUUGAGCAUAUAAAUAAGGAUGAAUGCUAAGAAUGCUGCAAAAAAUAAAUAUAAAAUAUAACUGGAAUGUGAGCGUGUCCUGUCUGUGUAAUGUACGUUUGCUCUUCUGUAUGCUUGUGUUGCAUUCGAUAUCCAAACAAGUUCUAAAUGUAAGAGAGUGCGGUUUCAACAUUAGAGGUGGGACAUUACGCAACGAUUGAUCUACGAUUAUCGAUAAAAUUGACAAAUUGAAGAAGUGCCGUUACAAAGUUCACGUUUAAUGUUAAAACCGCGCAAUUUAUUAGUAUAAUGACAGAAAAUUGUAAUUGAUAAUAUUGGAAGUAAAUUAAAAAACUCCUCUUUAUAGUAAGUAAAGUAGUAAGCAUAAAAUAUUGUAAACGAUGCGUAGUGUGUUGUAUGAGAACAAAAUAAUUGUAAAAAAAAAACACCGUCCCCGUAGUAGGCCGGGCGUAGGAUAGUCACCAUGUAAUUUGCUUAAUUACCUAAGCGAUUUUGAACCUUAUGCGACUUAUAUGUAAGUUAUAAUCAGUACAGACGAGUAAGGUAUACAUUCGGACUUUUGUUUUGUCUUCAACGCCAUUAGUUGCCAAAUUAAGAUUAAAAAUGUCGAAUCAGAGAGGAAUAAUAUCGCAGCGGUGAGACGCAAGAGGUGAUCUUUAGUUAGACGAUCGCUACCUACAUAUGUACAGUGGCCGACGGCCGCGGUCAUACACAUAAUGAUGAUUAUUAAUUGUAUGAACAAGAUUAUUGUAUAUUGAUUUCGUAAAUAAAAUACUUUCUG